GUUUACUUGACACCUUGACAUAACGAAACUGUCAUUACUUGAAGCUGACAUGAGUGAAGAAAGCGCGAAUAUUUGAAAUUGCCUUUAGUGUAUUUAAUGAUGUGUUUAGAGAGAUUAUUUACUGGAUUCAAGUGAUUUGAAUAUGGGAGUUAAAUAACUUACGAAAAAAAUAUUAUUAUUUAUGUACAGUGUUAUAUAAAAGUCCUUCAGAUUAAAGUGCUGUUUUGACAGAUAACCUAAAAGAGCUGUGAUUAUAUCAGCGUUGUAAAUAAUAGGAUAAUAGAGACAAUUUGCAUUUCGAAAAUCCUAAUUGAACAUUGAAUAAUGCAGCUUUUAAUACAAGCUAGCCCACUAAUCGAUAAAUUAAAGCAUUGGCAUCGAGCGAUAUCUUUUAAUGAAGUGCAGUUAACUACUUCACAGAAGGUGGUAUUAUGGAGUUUAGGAGUUGUGGGCACAAGUGCGGUAGUUGUGGGGGUGCUAUCAAGAUAUUUAGCAAGGCGGCGAGCAAAGCCCAUUAUGAAUCCCCGGAUCCAGAGAGCUCUCAAUAAAAGAAUUUCUCGCAUGAGAAGUCCUAAUGGAGGCAUGGGAUCGGUUGCAAGCAGUGGCGGUCGCAGCAGUCCCCUGGGUUUCAGUGAGCGGCUGUCGCUGGCGUCAGGCUCCAUCGGCUCAGGGGCUGGAGAUGCGGCUCCUCUAUCUCCUCAGCAAUUGGGAGUGAUGGGCAUGGAGGCGCUGGAGACGAGUAUAAACUACUGGGAAGACGCGCUGGCGGCGUUCUCGCUGGGCGCGCGCGGCGGCGUGUCGGGCACGCUCGCGCUCACCUCGCCCGAGGAGGCCGAGUUCUGCCGCGAGAUACAGGACCUGCUGCAGGACGCUUACCUUCUACAGGAGCGUUGCGAGCUGCUGUUCUUGGACCAGCGGUCGGUGCUGUUCCGGUCGGAGAGCGGCGGCGGCGCGGCGGGGUCGGGCGGCUCGGGCGGCGCGGGGCGGCGCGUGCGCCUGCUGUCGCACUCCGCCUCCGAGCACACGCGCCGCGAGCACCACUCCAGCGCCGAGUCCUUCGCCUCAGCUGAGGAUCAGGUUGCCGACCUACGAGACUUCGACGACUUAACGGAAGCAUUACCAGAACUAGAAAACUUAGAAUUAUAUCAGGCUGCUGUAAAGCAGUUCGAAGUCGGCAUACCUUACAGGACGCUUCGCACAGAGGUAGUACAGUGCAGCUCAGACUCGGAGUUCCUGUGCAAGCUGCAUUGCCUGCGACAAGCUUUCACGCAGGUGUUCAAGGACGCCGCCGUGUGGGCCUGGUUCGUGGACGCCGGCCGACAAGUGCUCACUGAUCUAUUGCUGUUUGCUGAUAAGGAACCAAAGGAAUUCCUGGUCGCAUACGAAGAGAUGGUGUCGUGGGCAACGGACGCGGCCAAUUGGGCAACAAUCGAAAGUGAACUUACGACUAAAGGAGUUAAGGCCUUAACAUUCUACGAUGUAGUGUUGGACUAUAUUCUAUUGGACGCAUUUGAAGACCUCGCGUCGCCACCUUCAUCCGUGCUAGCAGUAGUCCGCAAUCGAUGGUUAUCAGAUGGAUUUAAAGAGAGCGCAUUGACAACGGCUGUGUGGUCUGUAAUUAAGGCCAAGCGGCGGUACUUGCAGUACCCGGACGGUUUCAUGGCUCAUUUCUAUUCCAUAUCGGAGCACUUGCUGCCGGUGCUGGUGUGGGGCUUCCUGGGCCCGCACGAGCGACUGCGAGACGUCUGCGAGUCCUUCCAGUCAGAAAUCGUAGGCUUCAUAGCAGACCUGUUCAACUUCCAGAAAUGUCGCUACACUAAUGUAGACGACCUUGCCGCUGACAUAAUGCAACACGCUAGAUUACGUUCCGCUAACAUAACCGAUAAACUAGCUGAACGUAUAUAAAUAGUUGACACGCGUAUAAUGUGUCUUGGAUCAACGAUCAGUUGCUAAGCAGUAUGCCUAUAUUAAGUAUUCGCCUUUACCUCAAAUUUUCAUCUCGUUGUUGACGUUAUUUAAUCAUGCAAUUUACCGAGGAAUUAUAUUACCAAUUAUAAGAGAUGCUAGAAAAUACUAUGAUAAUAAUUAGAAGCUAUUCAUUGUUAACAAAACUAUUGCUAAGGUUGUAGCUACAUAUAUGGAAUCUUAACAUUCCUAUGGUUAUUUGUUCUGCUCUUCUCGGUAUCAUUUUUAGAGCUCAAAUCGUUACGUAUGUUUGUUAUGCUUCUAUUUUAGUCAUAAGAUAAAAAGUGUUCACUAUUCUGUCUGUAUCAACACGAAACAUGGAUAUUAAUUAAACAGCGUACUUUAUCAGCAUAGCGGGUAUCACAAAAUAUCACAAUAAUUUAAAUAUUAACAGUGAUAGAUUAUUUGUAGUAGACCUGAACGUCAAUUGAUCCGCAUUUCCUGCGUACCGCAGUUUAAAUUCGCCAUCAUGUAUAAUUAAUUCAUCGAAUAAGUUUAUUAAAAACAGUUGAGCAAAUUGAAAGAAUAAUAUCUACAUGCCCAUGAUGUAAGUUCAUUCGUUAGAUUCACGAUAUUUUUGUAACCCCUACCGCAAUCUUGUAAAUAAGUUAUUUUUUGCAUUUUGUACUAUUUGCAGUGUAAAUCAUGCAUUCCAUUUUGGAAGUAUGUACCUACAGGUACUGUAGGAAACAGUGUGUCCUUUAUUAACUUGUAUUUAAAAUAGCUUCCAAGCUUUUAUUUGUAGACACAAAACUGCUUCCAUAGGAAUCUAUAAUGAAUUUAUAAAUGAAUAUUAUUAGUUUAAUAUAAAUUAUUUCGCAUUUCUGAAGACUGUAGGUAGCUGUUCUUGUUUAUAAGAUAUUAAAUCAAGUGUACCUAUAAUUUUGUAAAUAUAGAAUAAAUUGAAUUCAGGUUUUAUUAUA